CUCUGGCAAAAUAAUGGCGGCUUUAUACUGUAGCCGAAAAUAAACAUUAGCGCAUGCGUAAUACAUUGUCACUGGAUUGCUUCCGGACAAACAAGGGAUUCCCCCAAAAAUCCAAAUAAGCUCUGUAUUUCUAAAAUGCAGAAAGAAGAGAAGCAGCUUGAGUUGUCCCUAGAAUCAUUGAUACAAAGAGUAAGUGAGCUGAAGAACUCUGUUGGGGCAUUUAUCUUCAAGCUGGAACAUGAAUAUGAGACCCUUAAUUGGCCAUCAGUACUGGACAACUUUGCUCUACUGUCAGGACAGUUGAAUUCCCUUGGUCGUGUACUGAAAAGUGACAAGGUACCAUCACUGAAGAGCCAGUUGCUUCUCCCCAUAGAACUUAGUCCAGAACCAGAUGAAAAUCUUGGGAAAUUGACAGAGGGUAGAGUGUUGAUGUUUAACCAUGAAAUUGCUCCAAAUUAUCUGAGAACUAAACUGGAACCAGACGUGGAGGAAAAGACACAGCAGCUUACCAACAAAUCCCAGCAGGUCACACAGGAUCUUGCUACAAAACAACUGAACAACUUAAAUAAAGUGACCAGUAACCUUCUAGAUAUUAUAAAUUCUACAAGAGAAGAAUGGGAAAAUGAUUCUAGUCACAAGAGCAGUCAGCCACAAACAUCAUCUAUUGCUGAUACAAAUACGCUUGUAGCAGCCACAUUAUUUGGAAAGAAUUUAAAACCAAAUCGUAACCGACUCUCAGAAUCUCCACAAGCUGGAAUGCCACAACAGCAGCAACAGAAAAUGCAGAAUCCAACGAUGACAAAAGCUCCCAGUUCAAUAAAGACGCAGAUAAAAGUUGCAGCAGCUGGUCACCCUUAUCAACGACCCUGAUAGACUUGAAGAUGAUGAGGGAUCAAAUAUAACUGCUUGUCAGAAAGGCAGAUGUUCUGCACUUCCACUGGGAACUCUCUCAUUAUCUGCAACUGUUUUACAACAUGUUAUUUUAUCGGACAGUGCUGUAAAGUGCAUAUCAGAUGUCAGUUCCUUUGUGACUAGAGACAGAAAGUUACUGGUGAACGAGAAAUAUUUUCUGUAUCAAAUAAAAGAUGUUCAAAUUGA